GGAAGCGGAAGAAGCGCAAGAGCAAGGCGGUCACAGGUGAUCUUCACGAUGGCGGCCUUCAGGGUACUGUUGUCAGGUUGUAGGCGGCUGCUCCGAGGUUUCCUAGAGGGGCCGGCUCAAGUCAGUUGGGCUCGGCUUCCGGCCCGGGGCCUCCGAGAAGUGGUGGAGAUCCAAGAAGGGAAGACAACUAUUAUUGAAGGGCGAAUCAUAGAAACUUCCAAGGUGGUAACAGAUCCUCCUAACCCCUCUGGCCAGUGCCCAAUCUGUCGUUGGAAUCUGAAACACAAGUAUAAUUAUGUGGAUGUCCUACUGCUGAGUCAGUUCAUCCGGCCCAAUGGGGGAAUGCUGCCUCGGAGAAUCACAGGUCUAUGCUUGGAAGAACAUCGGAAAGUGGAGGAGUGUGUGAAGAUGGCUCACCGGUCAGGUCUGCUACCGAAUCAUAGACCUAAGCUUCCAGAAGGAUGUGUUCCCAAGAAAAAACCCCAACUCAAUCGGUACCUGACUCGUUGGGCUCCCCGCUCUGUCAAGCCCAUCUUAAAGAAAGGUCCAAAAUGGAACAAAGUUCGAAUGGCUGUGGGCUCUCCCCUGCUUAAGGAUAAUGUCAAUUACACAGGCAGACCCCUAGUGAUGCACCAUUGAAGAGAGGGAGUGGUUUCUAAGAUGUUGGCCAAAUCCCCAACCCCUGCUGAUGGGAGCUGUCUCCCAUUAUUCCAACAGGAAAAGACUAGAAGGUAAAUCUAGCCUAGAACUGCUACACACCCAAAUGUUUUCAAAACUGGUUAUUCCUAACCAAGAUGUGGACAAAGGGAAAGGCAGUAAUGAUGCGCUCCUGAUUCCAAUGGAGCUGUGGGGAGGCCAUUGGCAACUGCCAUAAGAUAUCAUGAUCAGCUGUGACUGAAUCCUUGGAUUGAGUGAUAUAAGUAUUACCCAAGAAAUGUCAUAAAACAAGACAUUUGCUAAACCACUUGGUGUAUGCUUACUUCUUGGGAAACUAGGUUGGACCCUCAGCAUCAAGUUGUGAAGCUUGGAGACUUGGGAAAUAAUGGGAUUGAUAUCCUAUAAUUGACAAUACAAGGAUUCCAAGAGGAUGCAGUUUGAUGUGUCCCCACCCUCUUCGUCUUGGGACCCUGAUUGCCUAUGAGUUCUGAGUAGGGGGUUGGGUUGAAGGAAGCAGAGACUAGAGACCUGUUCUGAGUGCAAGUGUCUUAGCUAUAAACUUAAGUAAUUUACCCAAAGACGGGAUCCCAGGUGAGCUUUUCCAUCCUCUGGGCAUAAUCUCCUGCACCUCUGCACAUUUGCCCUUUGGCAUCCCUUCCCAGGAGCAUAUUGGCAGGUGUCACCUGCAUCCCUCCUACCUUCUGUUCUGUCACCAGAGUGGCCAUCUCAAAGACUACAAGCAUAGGAGGGAAGUAGGCAAGUACACUGUAAACACAUAAUAAAUUCAUGUGAGUUUAUGAAAAUAUUCAAGUUUCUCUGCAUAUAAAGUAGUACCCAGGCUGAGGCACACCCCAGUCAUAGCAUGAAGGGCAAGUCUAUGUUCUUCUCACCAGUGCCCACAUAAAUAUAACCAUGAUUCUUGGUCCGGGGAGCAUGGUAGAAUGUCAGGCCUGGCCAGAGCAAGCUUCGAAGCACAACCAGUGCAUUGCCCCUCUCCAUCUGGAUACUCCAGGACCCUGGGGAAGAGACAGACAGAUAAGGAGGAAUUGAAACCAGGGGCCUCUGAGGAGGCUUGCUUAUGCUCAGCCAGCUGCUAGAAAAGGUUCCAGAACUGUUUUGUCCUGGUUCAUAUGGUUUCAUUGGUAGGAAUAAAGACAAUUCAGUUAUCCA